UGUAUAAACGUCCGCGGAGUAGUGGCGAAACGGAGCACGGAGCACGAGAGAGGACAGAAAAGGGGGGACAAAAGGAGACAUCCUCGCGUGUGAUGCGUUUAAUCGAGUUGCACCGUUUGGAGCGCAAAGGAAAGCAAGACGCGUUCCUCCGCGUUGCACCAAGGCAGCCGACGGCCGAGUGAUGCAUAUGUCCAAUUGUGAUAUCUAGGCUCCGUGUGCUAAACAGGUGAAGAAGACGGCCCUCAACGCCGCCACCACCGUUACCACCACCACCACCGCCACUGUCGCUACCGCUGUCGCCGCCGCCGCCGCCGCGGUGGUGUUUAAGUACGCGAGCGCAGCCGAGUGCUGCAAGCUGGCCGCGGCUGCGAGCAUCGCGCAUCCGAAGGAGAUCGACGCGAUUAGGGGUAACGAGAUAAUCAUGACGGACACGGCGGCCGCCACAGCUGCGGCCGUUGCCGCCGCCGCGACUGACACGCAAAAGAGAGCCAACUUUUCGGCGUUGACAGUCGGCAAUCCGAACGGCGUCAACAAAAUCUCGCCGAGCCUUGCGAACGCAAAACCCGGCUCCGCGAAGAAGCUCGUCAUCAAGAACUUCAAAAAUAAACCCAAACUACCGGAAAACUAUCAAGAGCAGACAUGGGAAAAGUUGCAGGAGGCCGUAGUUGCCAUACAAACCAGCAAGAGCAUCCGCUACUCUCUCGAAGAGCUUUAUCAGGCGGUCGAAAAUAUGUGUAAUCACAAAAUGGCAUCGACGCUUUACUCCAAUUUAACCAUUCUGACAGAAUCUCACGUGAAGGCUAACAUUGAACAGUUUCUGGCAGAAUCCAUGGACAGACAUAUAUUUUUGAAGAAGAUGAACGAAUGCUGGCAAUCGCAUUGCAGACAAAUGAUUAUGAUCAGGAGCAUCUUUCUCUAUCUCGACAGGACAUAUGUUCUGCAAAACCCGAGCAUCUCGUCGAUAUGGGAUAUGGGAUUGCAUCUAUUUAGACUGCACAUUGUGCUCAACAGUUUAGUGCAAACUCGCACGGUCGAGGGUCUUCUUAUGCUCAUAGAAAAGGAACGUCAAGGCGACACUGUAGAUCGAACGCUUCUAAAAUCGCUGUUAAGAAUGUUGUCGGAUCUACAAAUCUACCAAGAGGCCUUCGAAACAAAGUUCCUAGUGGCUACAGAAAGAUUGUAUGCUGCCGAAGGUCUACGAUUGAUGAACGAGCACGAUGUUCCCGAGUACUUGGCUCAUGUGGAUAAGCGUUUGCAAGAGGAGAACGAACGGCUGUUGCAUUAUCUCGAUACGUCGACUAAAUGGUCGCUCAUACAUACUGUAGAAAAACAAUUACUGUCUGAACAUAUUACUAGUAUUUUACAGAAAGGCUUAAGUGGUUUGUUGGAUGAAAAUAGGAUUAGCGAUUUAUCAUUACUUUACAACUUGUACAGUCGGAUAAAAAAUGGCCUUGUGGAGCUUUGUUUGAAUUUCAAUUGUUACAUCAAGAAAAAAGGCAAGACGAUAGUUAUAGAUCCCGAGAAAGAUAAGACGAUGGUGCAGGAACUUUUAGAUUUCAAAGAUAAAAUGGAUAAUAUAGUUAACACGUGCUUUCAUAAAAAUGAAAAGUUCGCAAAUAGCUUAAAAGAAGCUUUCGAGGCUUUUAUUAAUCAAAGGGCAAACAAGCCAGCGGAAUUAAUAGCUAAAUUUGUCGAUUGCAAGUUACGCGCAGGUAACAAAGAAGCGACGGAAGAGGAAUUGGAGAGAUUACUAGAUAAGAUUAUGGUACUAUUUCGGUUUAUUCACGGAAAGGAUGUUUUCGAAGCGUUUUAUAAGAAGGACUUGGCCAAACGUUUGUUAGUGGGAAAAUCGGCUUCCGUAGAUGCUGAAAAAUCCAUGCUGUCCAAGUUAAAACAAGAAUGUGGCGGUGGAUUUACUAGUAAAUUGGAAGGAAUGUUCAAAGAUAUGGAACUUAGUAAAGAUAUCAAUAUCGCGUUCAAACAGUAUGCAGGAAACUUGCAAAGCGAGUUAGUGGCAAGCAAUCUAGACCUAACUGUAUCUAUACUUACUAUGGGGUAUUGGCCUACAUAUCCAGUGAUGGAAGUCACCCUACCGAUGGAGAUGGUGCAGUAUCAAGAUGUGUUUAAUAAGUUUUAUUUGGGUAAACAUAGUGGUAGAAAAUUGCAGUGGCAACCCACCUUGGGGCAUUGUGUAUUGAAAGCAUGGUUCAACCAGGGCAAUAAAGAGCUGCAGGUAUCGCUGUUUCAAGCGCUGGUCUUAAUUCUAUUCAACGACAGUGAUAAUCUCUCAUUGGAAGAUAUCAAGGCCGCUACAAAUAUCGAGGACGGUGAACUGAGAAGAACGCUGCAGUCUUUGGCGUGCGGAAAGGCACGUGUUCUUCAGAAGAAUCCGCGCGGUCGGGACGUCGCCGAUAAUGACAGAUUUGUAUUCAACGCGGAAUUUACUAACAAAUUGUUUAGGAUUAAGAUCAAUCAAAUCCAAAUGAAAGAAACGAAUGAAGAACAAAAAGCAACAGAAGAGAGAGUAUAUCAAGACAGACAAUAUCAGAUUGACGCUGCUAUCGUCAGAAUAAUGAAAAUGAGAAAAACUCUGACCCACAAUCUUCUCAUCAGUGAGCUGUAUAAUCAAUUGAAGUUUCCUGUAAAGCCUGCAGAUUUGAAAAAACGGAUCGAGUCUCUCAUUGAUAGAGAUUACAUGGAGCGGGACAAGGAUAAUGCAAAUCAAUACAAUUACGUUGCGUAACCUAAAGCAAAUGCCAAAGUUAUACUGACUUGUAAAAUCGACGCUAAUUUUUCUAGCAAAUUGAAUCUAUCGUCAUUGGUGUUUGUAUCGUGAAUGUGAACAAGUUCAAACGAGAGAUUAUAUGUAUAAUCGAUCCGAUUGUUGAGUUAUAACGCGUGUGGUCAGUUCGUACAAAGGGGAAAAAAAGGAAUGAGAUUCAGUUCAGUGAACGUCUCCGUUUUGGUUUUUUAGUGCGUAAGAGACAUUGAAUGAUUGCAAUUCUCCUUUAACCAGUGUUGUGUUGUUUCUGAAUUUUUGCAAAAUAAGAUAAACGAAAAGGACAGAACCGUGGGCUUGGUAAUAAGCUUGAUAUAACGUCCUAGAAUAUAACAAUUUUUUAUGCAACACAGUUUUUCACAGCAUACUUACAAUUAAGAAGAUGUAAUAAAGAAAGCAAAAUGUAUACAUACUGCAACACUAUCGUGAAACUAGAGAGUAAGAGUGCAAUUGCAAAUAUAAUUAGUUAAUUCAAAAAGUGAACCACACAGUGCAGUAUUUAUAACGAAAAUAAAACAAAAUAUUAUGUAUGUAUAUGUAUAUAUAUAUGUAUGUGUAUAUACAUUUACAUAUACAUAUGCUAUCGUGGUACUUAUCUUUGAAAUCUGCAAGUUAUUUGUACCUCUUCACUUAUCUUCGUGUUUUUAAAAACAUUUUUAACAUUGAGAAUAUUCUUUCCAACUAUAGAUAACAAUAAUACAACUUGAAACGUACUGAAUCUCCAUGUUAGACAAAAUAUACAAAACAAGUGUCCAGUUUCUUCUUGAAUUAAAGUUCUAAACUAAACUAUACAACGGCAGAAUAAUAAAUAAAACAAAUAAGAUGUCAAUAAGUAGGCAACUACAUGACAUAUGUGAACCGCGAUGCUAUUAAAAAGCGGUAUAAACACAUCACAUUGCCGAAAAAUGAUCAUUCAUGGAUCAUGGCUUGUUAAAUAUUUUCGUGUCCAUGUAUUUAUAAAGUAGAUUAACAAAUAAUACACUUUUAUGAAUGCAAACGUUUACAGACAGAAA